AUGGCGGCGAUGAGAUACAAAAGAGGCGUUCUCAUCACAAUCAUCUUCUUCUCCAUUGUCCUUUCUCCAUGCUUACUUGCUCACUCUUUUUCUACAAAAUGUAAGUCCCUCUCCAUAAUCUUUUCUCCAUCUUUGGUUCUUCUUAUAUAUGACGAGUCCUCUUUUUUUUCUCUAGCGUUGAUCUUUUGGUUAGGAGAAAGAGAAGAUGUGAAAGCCAUGGAGAAGGAGAACGAGAUUGGUGUUGGAUCAGCAACUGAAGUUGAAGAAAGACAAGUGCCAACUGGAUCUGACCCUCUUCAUCAUAAACACGUUCCCUUUACUUCUCCAUAG